AUGCUAGUCUCUCGACUGCGGGUAAACCCAUUGGCCCAGUCAGUGAACGCGAGACAACCCGAGAACGCUGGUAGCCAAUCGGAAGGCGGCGCGCUCGGGCGCCACCGCAGUGUUGGCGGUGAUGCAAAAACUUUCUGGAUGGAGCUAGAAGAUGAUGGAAAAGUGGACUUUAUAUUUGAGCAAGUACAAAGUGUGUUGCAGUCACUGAAACAAAAGAUUAAAGAUGGGUCUGCUACAAAUAAAGAAUACAUCCAAGCAAUGAUUUUGGUGAAUCAAGCAACUAUAAACAACUCAACAUUGAUAAAGGAUGAUAGACCUGUGACCCAGAAUGAACAGGAAAAUAAAUCAAGUUCUUUGCCCUCUACAUCCUAUCACCACUCCAGCCCAGAAGACGAUACAUCUCUAUCUACAGAAAAUAAGGAAAUUACCCCUUUAGAAAAUGAAGUUGCAAACUCAAGAGACAAAGAAUCAUCUUUGAAUUUAUCUUACCAAAAUCAUGAGUGUUCUAGUGCCUGUCUGAUAAAAAUGCCGGUAACUGUCAAAGGAGAAAAUCCUCUGCAACUGCCAAUCAAAUGCCACUUCCAAAGGCAACACGCAAAGACAAACUCUCAUUCUUCAGCACUCCAUGUGAGUUAUAAGACCCCUUGUGGAAGGAGUCUACGAAACGUGGAGGAAGUUUUUCGUUACCUGAUUGAGACAGAGUGUAACUUUUUAUUUACAGAUAACUUUUCUUUCAAUACCUAUGUUCAGUUGACUCGGAAUUACCAAAAUCAAGAAGAAAUUGUUUCUGAUGUGGAUAUUAGCUAUGGAGUGGAAUCUGUGCCCGUUUCUUUCUGUAAUGAAAUUGACAAUAGAAAGCUUCCACAUUUUAAGUACAGGAAGAAUAUAUGGCCACGAGCCUAUUAUCUAAACAGCUUUUCCAAUAUGUUUACUGAAUCGUGCGACUGUUCUGAGGGCUGCAUAGACAUAACAAAAUGUGCAUGUCUUCAGCUGACUGCAAGGAAUGCUAAGACUUGUCCCUUGUCAAGUAAUACAAUAACCACUGGAUAUAAAUAUAAAAGACUACAGAGACGUGUACCUACUGGCAUUUAUGAGUGCAGCCUGUUGUGCAAAUGUAAUCGACAGAUGUGUCAGAAUCGAGUUGUUCAGCAUGGUCCACAAGUGAGGCUGCAGGUGUUCAAAACUGAGAAGAAGGGCUGGGGGGUUCGCUGCCUGGAUGACAUUGACAGAGGGACAUUUAUUUGCAUUUACUCAGGAAGAUUACUAAUUAGAGCUAACACUGAGAAACCUGGUGCUGUUGAUGAAAAUGGGAAAGAAGAGGAUACUAUGGAAAACAUAAUUUCAAAAAAGAGGAAAAUGGCAGUUCCAUGUUCAGAUUGUGAGGUUGAAGUUAUCCCAUUUGAACUGGAAAAACAUGCUGGAAGGACUGAGGCUGAGGAGUAUCCACCUAAGCUCAGUCCAGAAUCCAAAGAUCCUGUUACGGAAAUGAAGUAUAACAAUAUUUCAAGAAUUCAGUAUUAUCCUGCCAUUAGAAAUCCUGAAAACAAGACAGCCAUAUUUCAAGACAAUGGGAAAAUGAUGGGACUUGCCUCUUCAGAGACUGUUGCCUCCGAAUUUGAGCCAACCGUAGUACAUCUGGACUCUAAAGCCAAGAAAACAAAAAAGGGCUCAACCUCAGACCAACUUGAACAUUCUGAAAACAGUCUGCUGAUAGAAUCAGAUGUCAUUGAUAUAACUAAAUGUAAAGAAACUCCACCCAAGAUUAUGUGUAACCAAGCAACUACAUUGGAUAAUCAGAAGAUAAUAAAGGAAUUUGAGGUUCAAACACAGAAGCCCCAAGAAAAAUCCCCAGCAUCUCAAAGUCAGCAGUUCUUUUGUGAUGCAGGAUUGCCAAGUGAAACCAAAUAUAUUUCACCUGAUGAUCCAAGAAAGUUCAAUGAAGGGAGUCUGUUUUUAUUGGAUGCCACAAAAGAAGGAAAUGUGGGCCGCUUCCUUAACCAUAGUUGUUGCCCGAAUCUCAUGGUACAGAAUGUCUUUGUAGAAACACAUGAUAGGAAUUUUCCAUUGGUGGCAUUUUUCACCAGCAGGUAUGUGAAAGCAAGAACAGAACUAACAUGGGAUUAUGGUUAUGAAGCUGGGAGAAUGCCUGAAAAGGAAAUCCUCUGUCAAUGUGGGGCUAAUAAGUGUAAGAAAAAAAUAUUAUAA